AUGAUGUCAACAGAAUGUACAACACUGGAAUCCUCAACUCCUUCUCAACCUUAUUCUUCCAGUAAAAUGUUUACAUGUGAUCAUCAGAACAGUGUGAUUAACAAUUCCUAUGCAUCUGCAAACACACUAAUUAAAAAUUUCCCAUUUCCUACUUUUACUACUCCGGCUACGACUAGUGCUACUACUAAUAAUUUCCUAUCAUCAUUGAAUUCAACAAUAACAACAUCUGCCUUUCUACCUGUAACUCCAUCAUCGACACUAUCAUCCGCAACAGACAAAAAAUUAUCGAAUAUAGAAAUCAGUCAAGAAAAAGACAUAAACAGCGGAAAUUUUCACCUAGCCCCACAAGAUUCGUAUCCCAGUGAAUGUAAAUCAUCCUCAUCAUAUCUAUCAAAUCAACAAAUUAAUUCGUGUAAAUAUACCUUACCAAUAAGAGAAAUGUCGAUUUCACCUAAUCCAUUUAUUAAUAAAAUGAAUACUACAGAUGUAAUUAAAUCGCAUCAUUCACUUCGAUCAGUUACAACAACAACAACAACAACUAAACGAGUAAAAGAUCAUCAAACUGUUUAUCAUAAAUUCACUAAACAUUGUACUGGAUGUAAUCAACCUAUCUUAGAGAAACUUUAUCUUGGAUUAUCAGAUGGACAAUUAUGGCAUAUGAAUUGUUUAAUUUGUUAUACAUGUGGAAAGUGUUUAGAUAAAGAAAUUAGUUGUUUUAAUCGAUAUGGACAAAUUUAUUGUAGAAAAGAUUAUGAACAACUUUUUGGACCAAUCAAACCGACACCGGUAUGUACACACUGUAAACAAUUAAUCAAUCCAAAUGAAUUAGUCCUAAGAUCAAUAAAUCAAUUAUUAUUUCAUUCAGAAUGUUUUUCAUGUAAUAUAUGCCAUCGUAUAUUAAAAUGUGGUGAUCGAUAUGAAUUAAAUAUAAUCAAUAAUCAACCAAUAUGUUGGGAACACUGUCACCGUAACCUUCAUCAUCAUCAUCACCAACAUACCAAUCAGUCAUUUCAGCCUUUUCCUCAUCAUGUAUGGAGUCCGUUAACAGCUACCCAUAAUAAUAGUAAUAGUGAACAAAUUAUCAGUUCAACGCAUGGAUACGAAGAUGAAAAUAAUUUAAAAACAAAUACUCAUCAAGAUGAAAUAUCAUUCAAAGGAAUCAACAAUCAGCCACUUUGUUCAACUGAUGAAAAUAAUCAUGCAAAGUUAUUUAAUGUUGGCCAAGUUACCUCAAGCAGGAGUGUUGAUCAGGAUGUUGACGAAUUACCGAAAAAUGCUGUUUUCCAAAUGGAACCACAUGAAAACAAUAAUAAUAAGUCUAAUUUUGUUGAAAGUAGUAUGGAAAAACCAAAGGCAGCAGUCAGUAGUAUCGCUGAUAAACAGGAGUAUAAAAGUGAGACAAGUAAAAUAAAUCCAUAUUUCAUUCCACUAAUCAAUAAAAAUAAUUCAUUAAUCGAUUCACCGUCUAACGAUUCAUCCUUCAUUCAGACAAAUAAAUCUUCGAAUGUACCAUUUCAUUAUUUGCCUCCAUUGUUACGUCAUUCAUCACCCAACAGUUUGCCAUUUAUCCCAUUCAAUCCAUUGUGCAAAUUAGAAAAUAAUCCUUUAGGAAUGGGGUUACCAAUGCCUUCUUCACCCCUGUGUCCCUCUUAUCCUUCCUCAUUAACAUCCUCCUCAACAACGUUGUCAACUUUUCCUUCUACAACAGCUAGUUUGUCAUUUACAUCAGGAGGUAUACCUCAUUUUACAAAUAUUACUACAACAACAACAACAACACCAGAGACAACAUCACUACUGCUUCCCCCACCCCCAAUUCCACUAUCCACAUCAUCAUCAUUAUCAUUGUCACCACCAUCAUCGUCAUCUGGAAUGAGAUUCAUGACAAAACAUUUCGAUAUUUCCCCACUGAAUUAUUCAUCAUUACUAUCUUCAAAUCAUUCUUCAUCAAUUAUUGAUUUUAUUGAUUCAAAGAAUUCUUUAUCACAUGGCAAUCCUACUGAUUCAACAUCACUGUUAAUUCAACAAGUACAACAGAAAAGAAAUCGUAAACGUCGAAAUGGUAUCAACCAAGUAUUCGACAACGAUUGUUUUAAUGCCAGUGGCAAUUUCUGUCUUGGAAUAAAUGCUAGACAAAAACGCAUGCGUACAUCAUUCAAGCAUCAUCAACUGAGAACAAUGAAAGCCUAUUUCAAUAUGAAUCAUAAUCCUGAUGUUAAAGACUUGAAAGUGUUGACAGAGAAGACAGGAUUAUCAAAACGUGUUUUGCAAGUUUGGUUUCAAAAUGCUCGCGCAAAAUACCGACGUAAUUUAGUUCGUCAAGAGACACCAACAUCUGUAAAUAGUAGUGGGAACAAUAACAACAACAACAAUAACAAUAAUCAUACUCACAGCAAGACAAACAAUCUAAUGUCUUCGUCCAACGGUGGUUCGUCUUCAGAAAUGCUUGUCAAUUCAAUAUCAGAAUGUGACAGUCAGUCUAGUCAUAUUAAUCAAGAUGAAUAUACUACUACUGCUACUACUGUUAGUCAGACAACACCAUCUUCAGCGUCUCCGCAUAAAAAUGAUCUGAUUCAAGAUGAUGAUCGUGAUGAUGAUGAUGAUGACGGUGUUGUGGAUGAUGAUGAGGAUGAUGGAGACGAAGUCGAAUACGAAGACGACGGUGGUGGAAGAAAUAAUGAAAGCAAAGAGAAUGAUAAAUAUGAAUGUCUACACAAUGAUAAUCCUUAUUGCAAGAAUGAUGAACAAUCCAAUAAAUUUGACUUGUUCACCUGUAGAGAUAAUCAUCAUCACUUUCAGUAUCCGCAUUGUCAGCGAUUAACGGAGCAAACAGAUAAGUUAUUUACCCAUAAAGGACAACAACAACAAAUUAUUGAUUUUCCACCAUGUAUCACGUCAAUGAACUCAUCGACAUUAUCUCCUGCUUUUACAGACCAUAUGGUAGCACCACAACAUAGUAAUAAUGGUAAUGCUAAUAAUACUAGUUGUAAUAUCAAUACUUAUGGAUUAUUACAAACAAAUAAAAUGUUUCUUGAAAAUGAACAUCAGCUCACUACAAACUUAAUAAACUAUCCAAAUGAAUUGAACAACUUUCUUCUACCGAAUAAAUGUCCUACAGUGAAUCGUUUCCCGUUAACUGGUAUUCAUUGA